GAUACGGCUGGUCAGGAGAGAUACAGAACAAUUACCACAGCUUACUAUCGGGGUGCAAUGGGCUUCAUUUUAAUGUAUGACAUCACGAAUGAAGACUCUUUCAAUGCUGUUCAGGACUGGUCGACUCAAAUCAAAACAUACUCUUGGGAUAAUGCCCAGGUUAUUUUGGUUGGUAACAAAUGUGACAUGGAGGAUGAACGGGUAAUCUUCACUGAGAGAGGCAAACAUUUAGCAGAGCAACUUGGAUUUGAAUUUUUUGAAACAAGUGCCAAGGACAACAUUAAUGUCAAGCAGACAUUUGAGCGACUCGUGGAUAUCAUCUGUGACAAAAUGUCUGAAAGCCUGGAGAUGGAUCCCACCAUUGCUGCCAGCAAGCAGAACACACGGCUAAAGGACACCCCUCCUCCACAGCAGUCCAACUGCGGCUGUUAA